AUGGCGGACGAUAUCACCGAAACAUGGCCGGUCAAGGAUAUUGUAUACACGGCCAUCGUUGGGCUGGUCAUGAUAGCGGCCUUGCUCGAAUGGUUCUUGUGGAUAGCAGCGUUUACGUACUGCCUGUGGAAAGUCUUUUGGAAGGCUGAACACUGGACUGUCAGGGUACUGGCUGUAGUGGUUGCGAUUGCAUUCAUCUUGCUAAGAUGCAUAUUCCUGCCCAUCAUGCUCGUCACCCUACCACUUCCAAGCACGAUCGUCAAGUACUGGCCCACUUCCAUGGUCGCCAUCCUCCAAUGGUUUGCCUUCUGGAGCUUCGCAGGGCUGCUGACCAUUCCCUGGCUCUUCUGCGUCUACCAGAUCGUAACGCACCAGCUGGGGAGAACGAAAAGGAUAAAGCAGGUUCUCGACGAGACUUCGGCCCCGAAAGUCGUCAUCGUCAUGCCAUGCUAUAAGGAAGAGCCGGAAAUCCUCAUCACGGCGAUGAACUCGGUCGUCGAUUGCGAUUAUCCGCCAUCUUGCAUCCACGUCUUCCUUUCCUUCGACGGCGACCAAGAGGACGAGCUAUAUCUCAAAACCAUCGAGAAACUCGGCGUCCCUUUGACACUGGAGUCGUAUCCUAAGAGCAUCGACGUCACGUACAAGGCGGCGAGGGUCACCAUCUCCCGAUUCCCCCACGGCGGAAAGCGGCACUGCCAGAAGGCCACCUUCAAGCUGAUCGACAAAGUCUACCACGAAUAUCUCAAGAGGAACGACAACCUGUUCAUCCUCUUCAUUGAUUCCGACUGUAUUCUGGAUCGAGUGUGCCUCCAAAAUUUCGUAUACGACAUGGAGCUGAGCCCCGGGAACCGCCGCGAUAUGCUGGCAAUGACAGGGGUUAUCACGUCGACAACACGGAAGCAUAGCAUUAUCACCCUUCUGCAGGAUAUGGAGUACGUCCACGGCCAGCUUUUCGAGCGAACAGUCGAGUCUGGCUGCGGCGCUGUCACCUGUCUCCCUGGGGCCUUGACAAUGCUACGCUUCUCGGCAUUCCGCCGGAUGGCCAAAUACUACUUCGCCGACAAGGCGGAGCAGUGCGAAGACCUGUUCGACUUUGCCAAGUCCCAUCUAGGAGAGGACCGCUGGCUGACCCAUCUGUUCAUGAUCGGAGCCAAGAAGCGAUACCAGAUCCAGAUGUGCACAUCGGCCUUUUGCAAGACGGAAGCCGUCCAGAGCGUGCGAUCCCUGAUCAAGCAGCGUCGCCGCUGGUUCCUCGGUUUCAUCACCAACGAGGUCUGCAUGCUGACCGACUGGCGCCUGUGGAAACGAUACCCAAUCCUGAUCAUGGUCCGUUUCAUGCAAAACACCAUCCGGACCACCGCGCUUCUCUUCUUCAUCAUGACGGUCGCGCUCAUCAGUACGGCGAAGAAGGUUAACGAUCUCCCUGUCGGCUUCAUCGCCAUUUCCCUUGGCUUGAACUGGUUGAUGAUGAUCUACUUCGGUGCAAAGCUGAGGCGGUUUAAGAUCUGGCUUUAUCCGAUGAUGUUCAUUCUCAACCCUUUCCUCAAUUGGUACUACAUGGUCUAUGGCAUCUUCACCGCAGGGCAGCGCACCUGGGGUGGCCCACGCGCGGAUGCUGCCACGGCUGACUCGACCACCACAGCUCAGGAGGCAAUCGAGAAAGCCAAGGAAGCCGGAGACGAGCUCAACAUCGUCCCCGAGUCGUUCAUUCCCGCGGCCGAGGCGAAGAAGGAGAAGGGCUUUGGCAAGCGCGCGAGGAAGAACGACAUCGUUCAAGAUCUGGGGAGGUCGCGCAGUCUUUUACAGCCACCCGACAAAAUUGCCGGCAAGUUCGCUGCACCUGAGAGAACACCAAGCGGCUGGUACCAGCACCCAGAUGACUCCAUGGCAAUUGUCGAAGCCCUUGCGGACUCGUCAGCCUACGGAGGCAAGAGACACGGACCUCAUCGCCGCGACUCGUUUGACAGCACUUUCUCGGCCCAGACUGGCAGCUACUCGGUGCACAUGCCGCGCCGCGUCGAGAGCAUCAUGGGCGAGGAAGAUCGCCGCAAGUACGAGCUAGCCCAAUCUAGCCAACUAAACCAGUUCAUGGCAAACUCGAGGCUCUUCCAGGGCCCGUCACCUGGCCAAGUCUACGAGUUCUCCGACGCCGAGCUACAACGAGCAGGCUUCACCGAUCCGGUGGACUCCCCACCCAACGCCGCCAGUACUGCGAGCCGGCCGGCGCAUCGGAGACUUGCCAGCAAUGGCAGCCUGACGUCUCGAACGUCGUCGUCCGAACAGAACUCACAGGGGCUGCCGCAGGACCCCACCAGGGCCAGUCUUCAGCACCCUCAGCCUCCGCCCAGCGCAUCGGCAAGGACCGGGAGGAGCCCAUUGGGGCGGGCCAGCUGGGUACGGACAUCCACCGUGGACGAGGUGCGAGAUGAGAUCGAGGCAUCACAUCUUGAUCCGGACAGCGGAGAGACAUCCCCAAGAAUGGGACAGGGCCCAUGGCCGGGAAGGAGCGGGCCCCAGUAA